GACCUUCGUGUUCACCACCCCCAUCCCCCCUUCCCCGUGGGUUUUCCCGGUUCGGACAGUCGCUGUGGGUCCAAAAAACAACUUUGCGAUGGCUGUUCCUUUGACCGCGAAUACCUCAAACGGUUCCCUCAACAGUCUGAACGACAUAGCGCGGUUCCGGACAUCUUCUAUGGAGUCCGAGCUCGCACAGUCAGACCUGCCCGUGAAUUUCGGAGAGGUUGCGAAAGGGAUAUAUCGUUCUGCCUUCCCAAACCCUUGGAAUCUCGCAGCGCUGAAGAGGUUGGGGCUGAAAACCAUUAUCACCCUGGUCGAUGAGCCCUUUACACCAAACCACGUGAGCUUUAUGAAGGAGAAUGGAAUCAUCCAUCAUCGCAUCGUCGUUCAGGCGAACAAGGACCCUGAUAUCAAGGUCCCGGAUUCUGUGAUGUGUCGAAUCCUUGAACUCCUGACCGAUGAGUCAAAUCACCCUGUUCUUGUCCACUGCAACAAGGGAAAGCAUCGUACUGGCUGUGUCGUUGCCUGUUUCCGGAAGCUCCAGGGCUGGUCGACGCCCGAAGCUAUCGAUGAGUAUCUGCGGUAUUCAAAUCCAAAGCCUCGCAUGCUUGACCAGUUAUUCAUCAGUGGGUUCGACACCUCUCAAGUGACGCGUCUUCCCCCAGUAUCUGCUGUACGGACAUGGCAGCCACUCAAGAUUUCAUCGGAGAUGAACAGCAGGGAUAAAAUCUCCACUACACUCCAUAUUCCUCUUUGACAUCUCUGUGUGACUGGCGAUCUUGACAACAUUAUCCACCCAAGUUAUAACUCUCCAUCCCUCUGUCGGCCGAUCUGGCUUUCGUUCGGAAGAAGUCGAAGUCGACAGUCCUAAAUCGCAUGAAGCUAUGCGAAUCUCGCCCUCAUCAGUUCUCUGGAUGGGACAUUGCCGAUCGGUCUCUAUAGAGAUCACCCACAAAAUCCCCCUGCGCGCAAAUUCCUUUUCUAAUACCACGU